AUGGCUCAAAGCCAGACAAGCUUCUCAGAGCGCACCAACACGCUCUUCUCCAUAGCAAAAGACCUCUCCCAGGAGUUUGGCGCCCACGUUGCCGUCAUCGCGUUCUCCCCCACUGGCGAGCGCAAAGCCUAUGGAGCACCCACCGCGAACUCCAUCCUAUGCAACUACCUCCCGGAGAUCCAUAGCUCGUCGUCUCAAGCUUUGACUGAAAUAGCAAGGGAGGCCACCAACAGGGUUGAUGGAAUGAAGCGGGAGGUAGAGGAGACCGUUUUCCAGGCUAAGAUGGAAAGGGCGCUUCAAGCUACCGCAUGGUCGAAGAUCUUGGCGGCUCAAACAAGCGCGGGGAAACAGAACUGUUGGGAGGUGGAUGUGGAAGCGCUCAGGGCGGACAAGUUCCUGGUGUUCGUCAGGGCGUUGGACGCGCUAAGGACCGACAUCCAACGCUACCUCGACGCAAUGGAAUCAUCCUAG